AUGGCGGAGUCAGGUUCCAAGGACACGGCAAAGGCCGAGCCUCGGCUCGAUGCCCUCGGCAUCUUCUGGAUCGCCUUCACCUUCGCCUGGACCUUCAUGCUCGCAGGCGGAAUGUACUUCCUCUGGCGCCGUCGCGAUAUGCCUUUGCUUAGGAUUCGAGGCCUGCCGUUAUCGUUUGCUGCUAUUAUCCUUCUCCAUCUCUACUGGGGCGCCGUCCAAACCGGUUACGUCUACUUCCCGCUCGCUACGCCCGAGCUCGAAUUCUGGGUCAUGAGCACCUAUCUUCCCUUCGGUAUUGCAUUGUUCCACGCUUCCAACAGUCGAUUCCUCCAUGUCGCCAAGACUCAGAAGGAGCUCUUUGCUAUGGAGAAAGAUCCGUCCAAGACCCAACGAUCCAAGCCCAGCUCGCUAAAAGGUCGCUUCCAAUCGCUCGACUACACCAAGAAGAUUCUGGUCCUUGUCGGCGCCGGCAUGGCUUUCCAGCUCUUCCUCACAAUCUUCAUGUUCCUUAUCUCGCGAAAGUUUCAUCCCUCCUUUGGCAUCCCGGGUACUGAGGUCACUGGCACCGAGGACUACCAGAUGUCUCAGACGGGCCGCGGCUGGGAAUGGUGGCCGUCCGUCUUUUGGCAAUUCUUCUGGGCAUGGAUCGUCGCCCCCUACAUUCUGUGGAAGGCCCGUGGUAUCAACGACACCCAGGGAUGGAGAGCCCAAACCAUUGCUUGCUGCCUUGCCAGUCUUCAUGCUACCCCUAUGUGGCUAAUUGCUUUACACGUCCCUGCCAUGGCCCCCGUAAACCACGUCUGGGUUCCUCCUCAAUGGAUUGCCGUCUCAAUCAUGAUGCUUGAGAUCUUUACCGUCUUUCUGCCCUGCUGGGAGGUCAUCAGGCACCAGACCUUGCGACAGGAAACUCUCGACUCAAUCGCCCAAUGGCAGCUCAACACGAAGCCUGUCGAAGACGGUGCUAGGUAUAUCGCUACUGCAUCUACCACUAUGGCUGGCUCAGCCCUGACUGCCUGGUCAAAGGACGGCUCCGUCAAGAGCAAUGGCUCUGGCGAGAGUAUCCUUACCAUGGAAGCUCUUGAGUACGUUCUUGAGCGAAACCCCGAGCCUCUCCAGCAGUUCUCUGCGCUUCGAGAUUUCUCUGGUGAGAACAUCGCCUUCUUGAGAGCUGUCGCAGAGUGGAAGUCUUCGCUGCCUCCAGCUGUUCGCGACCCCGAGAUGAUCAAGAAUGCCGCUGUCCAGGAGCUUGUCCGCGAGCGAUUCACAAGCGCUCUCCGCAUUUAUACCAACUUUGUCAGCUCCCGCGAUGCCGAGUUUCAGAUCAACCUGUCUUCACAAGACCUGAAGAAGCUGAAGGCUGUCUUCGAAAGCUCUGCCCGCAUCCUGUACGGCGAGAAGCGCCAGAUUGACCCGGCCACACCAUUCGACUCUUUUGCGAUGACCGCCACCAACAUUAAAUCCUCCUCCGCGUCGUCCCACGGAUCCGAGACUGGCAUUAUGACAGAGUCGAUUAACGAUACGGAGCACGUUGGCGAUAAGGCCCUCUACUGGGGUGAUAUCCCCGACGGCUUUGAUGCCACGAUUUUUGAUGACGCUGAAGGAAGCAUUAAGUACCUUGUCUUGACUAACACUUGGCCAAAGUUUGUUAAGGACCGACGAUGCUCUAUUGACUCUAACGAUACCCUUGAGGCUGGAAAUGGAACUCUCGCGACUCGUUGA